GAAGAAGAGGAAUCGGAGGAGGGGGAGGCGCGACAAGCAGCUCAGCAGUCAAGGCGGCUGUUCUUCGGAGAGCAGGCGUGUGGCCCUUUCCCCGCCUUCUUUCCCUUCCCCUCCCAGUGAGUGAUUCAAGCCGUGCGCUUCCCACUUCCGCCCCCUCCGCCUGCCAUUGGAACUAGCAAAGCCGAACAAGUUGGGGCCGUCGAACAGCUGGCGCUUCCCUUCCUCCUCCUCUCCUCUUCUCUCCUUCCCUCUUCAUCCCUGGCCGCCGCCGCCGCCGCCGCCGCCCGGAGGCCUAGAAACCGCAAAGCCCCCAGCCCACGCCGCGGCAGACAUGAGCUUCUUGUUUGGUAGCCGCUCCUCUAAAACAUUUAAACCAAAGAAGAACAUUCCAGAGGGUUCUCACCAGUAUGAGCUCUUAAAGCACGCAGAAGCCACACUUGGUAGUGGUAAUCUCCGGAUGGCGGUCAUGCUUCCUGAGGGGGAAGAUCUAAAUGAAUGGGUUGCAGUGAACACUGUGGAUUUCUUCAAUCAGAUUAAUAUGCUUUAUGGAACAAUCACAGAUUUCUGUACAGAGGAAAGUUGUCCGGUGAUGUCAGCUGGCCCAAAAUAUGAGUAUCACUGGGCAGAUGGAACAAACAUAAAGAAGCCUAUUAAGUGCUCUGCGCCAAAGUAUAUUGAUUACCUGAUGACUUGGGUUCAGGACCAGUUGGAUGAUGAGACAUUAUUUCCAUCAAAAAUUGGUGUCCCAUUCCCGAAGAAUUUCAUGUCUGUGGCAAAAACUAUACUCAAACGCCUCUUUAGGGUUUAUGCUCACAUUUAUCAUCAGCAUUUCGAUCCUGUAAUCCAACUUCAGGAGGAAGCACAUCUCAAUACUUCUUUCAAGCACUUUAUUUUUUUUGUCCAGGAAUUCAACCUUAUUGAUAGAAGAGAACUUGCACCACUCCAAGAACUGAUUGAAAAACUCACCUCAAAGGACAGAUAAAAGGACGCAGAGCGGUGCAAAUUGUUCCUCAAAUGAAGUGUGUGGAGUUUAUUUGGAUUUGGUUGUGUUUUAUUUUUAUCUCGGUCAUUUUUGUCAUAGGUUUAGGGGGCUUGUUUGGGUUUCUUUUUCUUUAUUCUGAGUAAGUGAAACCAUAUUCAAUUGCUAGAGGAAGCCAAGAACCAUUCUCUGUAAAUUUGAUAGGGGUAAGUUUUGUCUUAGUGGCAUAUGGUGGGUUUUUUUGUUUGUUUUUUUUACUUGGUUUGCUUACUUGCAGAAUUUUUGAUAAUACUGUGUGCUGAAAGAAAACGCUUGCUGAUUGGACUGAUGACAGUUGGGGGUUCUGUGUUGUGUAAAUUGUGGCCAAUUUCUGAAGUCCCCAAAAGACUUAUGUUUUUAAGUGCCUUGGUAGGCUCACUUCUGAGGUGCAAAGCACAGACAUAGAACUGAACAGGGCUUGAACAAUAUUAGGAUUACUACCCAGGGCACUUACUGAUGCAUGUUUUAAAAUGUCUAUGAUAAAAGCCAUAGUUUACCAAAAUUGGUGAUCUCCAGCUUUUACUACAUUAAAGAAACACAAUUUGUAAAGGUGUGCAUGUAGAACGUACAAAAUUAGUAUUUAUUAAUUAUUUUUGAUAUUGAUGGUAAUUCUGUUCAACAAAUGUUUAAAGUUCUACAAGCAGGUCUUUCUUCCAUCUCUUGAUAUCUGUGAUAUUGAAACUAAAGGAUGUUGAAGUGUAAUACCUAUUGCAUUUUAGCUUCUUUCUACAUGUUAACUGCACUCUAGGUGUAAAAAUUCAGGUUUUACAUAGGUUUGCCAUCUUCAGAGGUGAUGCUGAACUGUGAGGUUUCUUAGCAAUUGCCAAAUGAGCCAUAAGUCUAGAGAAUUCCCUUCUACUUUGAAGAGGAGGGGAUGGAUAAGAGUGUGUGUUUGGUUGGGAGGGUUUGUUUGUAUGGGGAGCUAUAGAUGGAAUUGUAUGAUGAGUCAAGUUCAGAAAGUCUUGUCUUAAAAUCCUUGAGUAGAGUGGCAUGAAGUUUUUAACCAAUUUCUUGUAAACAAAGUCUUAGAGACUUCCUUUUAGGAAUCAACUUCCAUGAGAAGUUAAACAUAAAUUAUUAAUUUUAGGUGUAGACAUUAAACAUGGAAUUUAAGAACUGUUUGGGGGAAAUUGAUCACUCUCCAGCAUUUCCAUUCAGUGAAUGGAGCUGGUGUUUGCCUGUCAUUUUAAAAUGAUACAGUACCCUUCUCUGCUUAUGAUAGGCCCAAUUUGAAGCAUUCUGACUUCUGAUUUUUCUACUGUGAAAGGAAAUCUUUUUCUUUGCAGUGAUAUCAAACAAUGUAAGUGCUAAUUUAGUAGUUAUUAACUUUUACAUUUUAUUUGUCAUGGCUUUCUAGUGAAUUAUUCCCAUAAGUAAAAAGUUCAGAAAGUUAAUUUUUAAAAUAAUUUUAACAUUUUUCACUUCAAUUUUAGUCUUGAGAAGUAUCUUUUUCAGACUUCCUUUUGAUUUUGUCAUUUCUGGUAAGAUCUGUUUCCUUCAGUUACAAAUAUAUAUUCUUCCUUUAGUGUGAAAUAUAUACCUUUUUUCCUUGUGGAAUAGAUAUCUUGCUUUGAAAUUAUAUAGACUAAAAAUGGUCAGUAGGCGAGAAUCUAAAAUUAAAUAAAUCAGUCUGUCUUUGCCAUUAACAGGGAGAGCAGUGAUAUAAUUUAAUGCCAUUACAGUUAUGAUGACUAGGAACUGCCUUUUUCUCCAUUUCAUUUCUAACAAUCAUUCUCCAAGUACCAACAGUAGAAGUAAUGGGAGAGCCUGGCAAGUAUGUUGGAUGUUCAUUGGUAAUGGUUAUUGAUAAACUGCAGUGAGAAGUAACUGAUGUCCUUAAAACAAAUAUUUUAUUACCUAGGUAGGUAAUAUCAAUCCCUGUAGGUUGAUUCAGAAAUAAAAUUUGGCAUCAAGUGACAUGGGGUCCUAUUUAUUGAUGAAAAUGAAGCAUGAUUAUUCCAGUAGUCUUCCAUACUGCGUUGGACUUUGUAUCAUCCUAGUAACAAAGGGGUUGCAAAUAGCCAAGUGUAGAAAAUACUGAAAAAUCGUUCUUGCUCUUUCAAGCCUUACACAGUAGUACACUGUAAAAAUGGAAGGAUGUUUCUAUAAAAUAAUGUUUAGUACUAGGCCCUACUUUCCUACCGUGUGUAGAUAGGAGUUUGUUGUCACUGUGUCAGAAUCUCAGGUGCCUGCUUCUGAGUAUUCCUUUAAACAGAGGUAUUAUUAGGAAGUAAGGAGGUAAUGUACGCAUGGAUAUGGUAACAAAGUAGAGAAGUUCUCCCAGGGAGAGGCCUGGCAUUGUACAUGGGGUUACAUGGCCACAGGUAAGGAAACACCCACCAGAGCAUGUGAGAAAUAACCAGUUUAACAAAACUUGCUUUGAUUUGAUUCGUUUCCAUGAGCGUUAAUAAGAUGCCCUUUAUAAAAUAAGGAUCAAAUCCUGGUUUUGUAGCACUUUGCUUACGAAUGUGUAUUGGAUUCUUCCCAGAUCUCUUAAUUUAGUUUAUAAAUAACCAAGAUAAUGAUUUCCCCCCUGCUCUUUAUACAGAGAUUUAAAGCAGAAGUUGGUUUUCUCAUCCACUAAUUAAAGCAUAAAAUAUCAAGUAAUAAGUUAAUAUAGUAUUAUUGUCACAAUGCUUUGGUUAAGUGUUGAAAUGAAGCAAGUUUUAGGAGUUAUUUUAAAUGAUGGAAAAUUAACAAUCCAAGAGUGAAAAUCUUUCGGUAAGCAGUAGAUGGUGCUACUGGCUCUCAUUUGCUGACUUGAUUGUUCUGUUUCCCAUAAAAACCAUGCCAUUAGACUUCAUUAAAAGAGUAAGCAUGUGUUAGUUGGCUGGUAGAGGCUUUGGAGGUCAGUUUACUUUACAUCGAAAGAUUUUACAUUGCUCUUUCUGCUUGUGUUAUUUGUAAAUGGUAAAGGGUGAGCAUAAAAUGUAUUGGCUGGGAGAAGACAGGUUUAGUGUAUAAUAUAUCUCAGAUUAAGUUACUGCCUGGCUUAUCAGGAAAGAUAAAACACUACAAUCUCUUAUCUUCAGGAAAUACAGAUGAUGUGGAUAUUUAUAUUUUACAUGUAAUCACCAGACUCCAUUUUAUGUAUUAGCAUUUUCCUUGCUUAUGGGAAAAUAGCAAAAUGACAUUUCUUUUAUACCUUUGUGUACACCCUCUCUGAGAGAGGUUUUGAUAACCACUGAAAUGGUGAAAUGUGAGAUACAAUUAUUAAGUUAGUUGUAGGACUUUCUUUUCAAAUAAGUAUGUCAUACCUUAAACAUCCAAAUGAGAGUUGAUCUUCAGAGUGGUUCCUGUGGGAGCAUUAUUCUUUCUAGCUAUGCUUUGAGGGUGUAAUGUUUUUGGAGCAUUUUCAGAGAUGCCUUGAGAAUUGGUUUAUGACUAUGCAAGAAAAUCUAUUUCAUCAUUUUAGUUGCACCGAAGACUUUUUUGGCAGCUUAGUAAGACCUAGCUCAUUCACCAAACUUAACUCUACUUUGCUUUUUUCUUAGAACUAAACCAUUAGAGAAGUUCAAAAAACUGCCAUAGGCUCUGAAUUUGCAGAAGAGAAUGUUUUCAGCAUUGGUAGCACCAUUUAAUAAAGGAAUAGUUUCCUGAUGUCUCUACUUUGAAGUACACAGUGUCAUUUGGAUGUAUAGGUUUUAUUUAAUUUUUACAAAUUUAGUUUAAUUACCUUAUUGUUAAAUAUAAUAAUUAAAAAAUCAAGGUCUGUCUCUUGUUUUCUACUUUCGUUCCUUUCCCUGAUAGCUUCUGAGUUUUAUCUCAACUACUAUAAGAUAAUUUUGAUUGAAGGGACAGUAUGAAAAAAUGGAUCCAAUAUUUAAUUUAGAAGUAGCUUAAGAUAACAAUAGCCUUUACCUUUGUCCUUUUUUUUUAAACAUUAUUUUCACUCAAAUGAAAAGACUGCAGAUCAUUGUACAAAGAAAUUGGAAUAAAUUUUAUAUAAUAAUUAUGCUGAAUGUUAAACCUGUGUAUCACAGAUAAAAUAUUUAAAAUUGUAUAAUCAUUUCAUAUAUCAUUUAUAACUUUAAAAUUUUUGAAUGUCUUUUUAAAAGAUAUGGGACCAUAAGUAUAUUUGUAACUUGAAAAUGUGACUGCAUACCAAGGGGAAAAGUUAUUUUGAAACUUUUCUGAAAUAUUAAAGAAUAUACCAAUUUUUAGACAUGCUAUUCUAGAUCCACUCCUAAAAUAAUUUAAAUAGUAGAGUUUUGUCAUAAUGUUAAGAUUCACCCACAGCAAUUACUGUUUUUCAGUUUAAUGGUGUAUGAUAUUACUAGAGGUAAAGAUACCUUAAGAUUUAUUGGAAAAAUUUAAUUUUAAGGUAUAGUAACAGUUCUGACUACAAACAAUUUAAACUUUUAAGAUGUUCCUAACAAGUUAAUCAUAGAGAAUAAUUUAUUGUAAAGGUAUAAUACUAUGUUCCAUGUCUGCCACUUAUAGCUGAACAAAACCUAAAUUUUGACAAAAGACAGGAAAUGCAUAUUAAAAUAUUGAAUAAUCUCA